GUGCCUAGGGUUAGGGUAUUGGCGUAGGAGCUGGUGGCCUCGACAUCGUCGAGAAGCGCAAGGGCGAUCAUUCUCCAUUCGUGAAGCUUGCGAGGCAAAAGGGUUUGCUGGGAUAGGAGGCGGCCGCCAGACCGAUGCGCGGUGAAGAAAUCCCUGAAAGCGAGGAGGAUACGCGAUCAUCGUCUCCUGGAGCUGCUGCUAGUGGCGGGGCGGCGUCAUUGCCGUGGUGGGGCGCUCAAUCGUCCGCUACUGUCACUCCAAAGGCUGCUUUUGAUGGUUGUGCGAGCGGCGGGAGAGUGAACUUCGCCCCAAUGCAGCAGCCUCAAGUUCCACACGAUGGUCACACUCUUUCUUCUCCACCCCAGAAGUUACCAGCGCCUUCCUCCGGCACAGCAGCUGUGGAUGAGAAUGGUGCUACUGCUGUGGCUACUGUCGGUGAAGUAGCGAAUGGAAUUCCUCCACCGCCGGGAGAGUUUAUCAUCCGGCCUCCCCAGCUCGAGCUCGGUCACCCAAUGGUUCGCGCAGCCUAUCCGUAUGAUCCGUAUUACGGUGGACUUGUUGCGGCUUAUGGAGCGCAGGGAGUGCCAAUGAUGCAUCCUCAUGUUCUAGGAAUGCAGCACAGUCGAAUGCCUUUGCCGUCGGAGAUGAUGGAAGAAGAGCCCGUGUAUGUAAACGCGAAGCAGUAUCACGGCAUUCUUCGCAGGAGGCAGAUACGAGCAAAGGCGGAGCUCGAGAACAAACUCGUGAAGACUAGGAAACCAUAUCUACAUGAAUCGCGACACCAGCACGCGUUGAGGAGAGCCAGGGGAUGCGGCGGCCGGUUCCUCAACACCAAAGCCAAGGAAGAUGGGAAAGGAUGCAACGAUGUAAAUGAGAGAGCUUCGUCAGUGUGCUCGGAUAGCUCUGACGCCAAGUCCAACAGCGCUGGAGCCGGAUCGGCGGAAAGCGGUGGAGCUGCCGGGUAUCAUCACCCUCGAAUGAUCUCAGCAGCGAAUCAAGCAAAUGGUUACCACAGUCUUCAUCAAACUCAGUCGUUCCAUCCGUCAGCGUUCCAUCCUUUAGCUAGUUGUGAUGGUGGUGACAACGGGCAGAGUGGCACCGGCAUGGUUUCCAGCAUGGCUGUGGCGACGCAGUAAGAUCGCGCCAGCGAGCGAAGAUCGUAGGAGAGAAGUUUAUGGGGAAGAGCCAAUGUUGGGUGAAGUGGUGGAUGAUGAUGAUGAUGAUCAUGAUGAUGGAAGAAAAGAGAAGGCUUGCAGUUUUGUUACCAGCAAGCAGUGUAGUAGGAGCAAAAACUCAGUUUGUGCAGUGUUCUCUUUUGACUUGUCAUACUUGAUAGUACGGACUGUGAUAUUUAUGAAAUAUUAUAGUACAGUUAAAGAU